AUGCAGAACAUCAUAGACUUUUCGACUCCACAAUGGCUUAUCACUUCCUACAAGAUAAUGUCAAUUUCAUCAAUUAUAUUAAACAGUAUUGGAAUUUAUCUAACAGUUUUUCAGUGCAAACAAUUAGGUGUUUAUAGGUAUUACUUGCUAUGUUUCCAGAUAAGUUGUAGUGUGGCAGACUUUCACAUGAGUUAUCUGAUGCAACCAGUUCCGCUUUUCCCGAUUUUAAGUGGUUAUACAAUGGGGAUUCUGAACCAUUUUAUGGAUAAGUCAAUGGAAAUUGAGAUUGGAAUUUUCUCAAUCUCGCCCAAAAUAGUUUCGUUAGCUGGCUGUACCUGCUGGCAACCGAAAAUUCGAGCGAGUAAACAUUUUUCAAUCAGCCAGCCAGCCACACAUAGCUUUUACCGAGUGUUUCGUUUUCCUAAAAAUAUGUUUUGUUGCCGACGGAUUGUCGGCGACGAUCGUCGGAUUGCUGUCGGAUGCGCACAUUCAUUAUUACAUUUCCAGAUUUUUAUUUUUUUCGCCAAUGUCAUCACUUUGGAAACUUUACUAGCGUGUUUUGAAAACAAGCAUCAAUCAUUGGCUAAGGUUUUGAGAAGGAAUACCUAUCCAGAAUAUCUAGACAAUUUCAAUAAACUUCCAAAUUUUAUGAUAUUCAAAAAAUCAAAAAUUUUUGAUUAUUUUUUGAACUUUCUUUUUAUCAGUGGGUUAAUAGCGGUUGUUUCCUUCGUUGCACUAUCAAUUGAUAUAUUUUUGAUAAUGAAUAUCGUGAAAGCAAAAAUGUCAAAAACCAAUUAUCAACGUCAUAAACAUGCCGUUCGAAGCCUCCAAGUAUCAAUGGCAUCAUCAUUAGUUUUCAUAUCACCUCCAGCAUUUGUUAUAUCGAUGUUAGUUCUUAGAACUGAAAACACCCAAUUUUUAACUGAAAUUGCGAUGGCUGUCGUGUGUACUCAUGGAUCUGUUAAUAUUCUAAGCAUGAUCUUCUUUUUCCCGCCGUAUCGAGUAUUUUUGGAAGGUUUUUUGAGGAGAAAUCAAAGAACUGGUCAAAUUAACUCAAUGGCUACAAGAUAUUGA